AUGGCCCCAAAGCACAAGGGGGGCACGCGGCCGGCGCGUCCGCCUCCAGAUCAAUUCGCGUUGGACUCCAAACUCUCGGUGUCGCCCAUGAAAUUCCCCUUCGCCGGCUACACCUCCAUUGUGGGUGUGCAUUCGACACUUUUGCUAUUCGUGGCCCUCUUUCUACCGCGAACAACGAUUCUCCUUGACCCUUCUCUCGCACCAAAGCCGGUUGCGAGCCAACUGACUUCUCGGGACAAGCCGCAGCACCCAUUUCUCGCGCCGCUUACGCUGAAUCCGACAUGGACAAUGGCGUGCGUAUGUGCCGGGGCUGUGGUACUUCAAGCCUGGUGGGGCGGCUGGAUCAGAAGAUGGUGGAUCGAACUGGUCGUUCUAAAUGGCACUGACGACCAAGUCGAAAAAAGGGACAAAGUGAUUCAGAAGAAACUCAAGGAUAUCCGAGACGGAUGGAUUGCUACUCUACUGGCCUCAGUUGCCUUUCAUAUCAUCCUCGUCCUCUUCGGCGCGCCCAUCACUAGCCACGUCCUCCAGACAUAUCUCCUCGGGCUUCUACUAUCCAUCAUGGUAGUUUUUCCCCCUGCUUACACGCUAGGAAUUCCUUUCUCAAAGGGCGAUACGGAGUCGUUCGUGAUUCGCAUGACAUGGGUUCGCCUUUUCGCCGAAUUUUCAUCAAGAAAUUCUGUAGAGAGAGCGAUGGUAUACCCCGCGCUCGGCGCUGUUGCAGGAAGUUGGGUCGGUGUUAUCCCAAUUGCGUUGGACUGGGACCGUCCAUGGCAGGCGUGGCCACUAACACCUGCAUUCGGCAUUGUCAGUGGAUAUGUCAUCGGAUCUAUCGCCGCACUAACAGUCAGCGGUACAAUCAACCUUGCCGAUGAACAUGUACGGGCAGUCAAGUCCAAAACCCAAUAG